AUGGAUGCUCCUUCUGACAACUCAACCCCAAACGCAGAGGCGCAAGCUGCAGCGCCACACAUACCACCGGGGCCGAAUGGCGAGUCGGUCGACGCCAGCGACAAGCCCGUCACCAAUGCUGCCCCGAUCCCCAAUCUCAUCUCGCAGGAGGCACCCGCGGUCCCAGGCCAGACGUUCAGCGACAUCGAGGAGCUCAAGAAUCACCUGCAAGACUGGGCCGGAGAUCAUGGCUUUGCGAUUUCGUGCACCUCAUCCAAGGGAGGCGACUACUACACGAUGCGCUGCAAGCGUGCGAGGGGCGGUAACGGAGGGUGUCCGUGGACAAUGGUUGUGCGUCGCUUCUUCUUCUUGAUCGAUAAUAACCGGGAUGGGCGACUCGUGUGGACAACAACCAACUUUACCCACAAUCACCCCCCGAUGCCGCGAGGGACGUUUGCGAUCCACCGCCGCCCGACACCAGAGGUGCGCGAGUUCAUUGAGCGAGCUGGAGAGCGUGGCGACAAGCCGCGCGUGAUCCUCAAUAUUGUGCGCCGGAUGGAGGGGUGCGCCGAGUUUGACAUUGACACGGUCUACUAUAUCGUCGCCCAGUGGCGAAGGAAGAGCCGAGGUGAUGGCGCGAGCUCGGGGAUGGGGACUACUGCUGUGGAGGGGACCAGCCACAAUGAGAAUGAGAAAGAACCUGUUGAGCAAGCACCGAAUCACCACGCGUCGACCGUGAGCGCCGCGCGCGAUACCAGCGAGAAUGCCACGAACGGUGAGAUCGACAACAGCAAGAAUGGUUCAAGCACCAGCCCUGACACACCGGCUGAGAUCGACCCCAUGCUUACGGACGAGCCGAAACUCGACCAGCCCCAGUCACAUUCGGCUUGUGCAAUGCCGGAGGCACAGUCCGAGCGCGUUGACGCGCGCGGUCGGCCCAAGCCCUGGUGUGAUGGCUGCCAGAGCUACAUUCGCCACCACGGCUCGUGUCCAAGGGAACAGCGCAAGCGCAAGGCGGCGGGUGAGAGCACAGUGACAUACGUCGACAUGGGUGUGCAGACUGAGCCCCUCGACAUCUUCAAGGAUCCGGCGUUUGCGCGUCAGAUUGCGGCUAUUCUCCUCACGGCUAGCGAGAACGUCAAGAGCCGAGCCGGUCUCUAG